UCUGCAGUGUUUUGUGCAUGUUCAUAAACUAAUUGCUUUCAAGGGAUAACUGGCUGAAUAUACCUGUAGUGUCACAUUGUGAGGUACUGAUUACCUUUCACAUGAUGUUUUCUGCAUAUAGAAAGUCACAUCCUCACCUUUGUUUAAACAAAAUUGAAAUGUUUAUUGAAAUGGCACAGUAAAGGACCUCCAGUGCAUUAAAAUGUGAUGUCAAAAGUUCCCGACCUAGCACCAACAAUAUAAAAUUUGGAAGUGAGGUUUUUUAUUUUGUUUAUGACUUUUUCCAGGAAUGGCAAGCUAAUACAACUCCAGCAGAUGAAGUUUCCUAUCAAGAAAGAAAAAGAUUUUCCUCACAUAAGACCUGAAGACACAAUAUCACAAGAAAUGGAACAAACUGCAAAUGGUAAUGAGCGGCAUGAAAAGCCUUCAUAUUCUUUAAUCAGCAGGCUGGCAAGCUCUCAACUGGAGGUGAGAAAAGUUAUACUGGGCAAGCUGCUUCUACCCAAAGACAGAAACAAACCAAACAUAGACCUUCCAUCUUCUCUGGUUUCCCAUAGUACCCGGAAAGACUUAAAUCUAGGCACAGAAAAAACAUUCACCCGCUCUCCCGCUCCUUCUAGUUUUUUGAAUACUCAGAACAGUACUCACACUCAAGCAACCUGCCAUCCAAAGUCUCACAUCGUUUUCCUCAAGACACACAAGACAGCAAGCAGCACUAUCUUAAACAUCCUGUAUCGCUAUGGGGAAAGCAGAAACUUGACCUUUGCCCUUCCUCUAAACAAACAGAGCCAGUUAUUUUAUCCAUUUUUCUUUGUUCCACAUUUUGUUGAAGGAGUCAGCAGCAGAAGUGUGAAAGAGUUCCACAUCAUGUGCAACCACAUGAGGUUUAAAAAAUCUGAGGUGGCAAAAGUGAUGCCUCAGGAUACCUUUUACUUUUCCAUCUUGAGACAUCCUGUGGCUAUGAUGGAAUCCAUCUUUAGUUAUUAUAAGAGCAUCCCAGCCUUUCGUAAGACAUUUAGCCUGGAGGACUUCUUAGACAACAGCUGGAGAAACUAUAGUGCAUCAGUGGCCAACAACCACUACGCUCACAAUAUUCUGGCUUUUGACUUUGGCUUUAAGAAUAAUAUUGCAGUUGGCACUGGAGACUUUGAGGAGAGAACCACUGUGGCUAUUCAAACUAUAGAACAGGACUUUAAUCUUAUACUAAUUUCUGAAUACUUUGAUGAGUCCAUGGUCUUGCUCAAGUACUCCCUCUGCUGGUCCUUGGAAGAUAUGGUUUCCUUUCGGCUCAAUAGUCGCAGUGAACAAACUCGGCAUUCACUUUCACCGAACACUGCAGAGAAAAUCAAGAUGUGGAAUGCUUUAGACUGGAGGAUUUACCUGCACUUUAACACAACCUUCUGGCACAAAGUGGAUAGUCUAGUUGGACGACAGAAGAUGGAGAGGGAAGUAGCUCAGCUGAGAAAGCUACAAGUCAAGCUUGCAAACACUUGCCUGACAGAUAGGGGUGCGGUUGACCCAUCACUGGUAAAAGAUGCUAGGCUGAAGCCUUUUCAGUAUGGAACAGCUGUCAUUCAGGGCUAUAACCUAAACCCAAACUUAGAUAUACAAACCAAAACAAAAUGUCAGAGACUUAUCUUACCAGAACUGCAGUACACACACCAUCUGUACACCAAGCAGUUCCCAAAGGAAGCUGCUAAGCAUAAACAGGCAACUAAGAUUGUUAAAUAAGAGCGUCAUCACCUAAAGAAAACUGCUAUGAUGGCUAAGCACCAGGAAUGGGAAGACCUGAGCAGCCUGACCUUAAGAAGUAAACUAUCAAGUCUCAAAAACCAAUGGGGUUCCACAAGUUCUCUGUUAACAAAAACAGAAGCUAACAAUAAAACAAGAAUACCAUGAGUAAUACUUGUGACUAAUAAUCACAGGAUAUGUGAUAUGCUUAAGAAGUAUAUGUAGGUAGGGUAUUAACAAUUUUUUUUGUUUUUUUUCUUUUCUUUUUUCUUCUUAUUUUAGUAGCCACACCAGUGGUUAAGUUGAAAAUAUGAAAGCUUUUCAAGGUUUUGAGAAAGGCUGUUUGGCAGCGGGAAUAUCAUAUCACUUUGGUGAAUAACUAAAAAAGACCAUUCUUAUGAUCUUUUCAUAAGAAUGAUCACAUAUCAAUAGAUAUUUGAAGCUAAUUUAAUCAUUUUCUUUUCUCAUAUAAUAUUGUUAGGUCUUGGAUGUUAGAAGACAGUCAAGAGUAAAUUAUGUUUGACGAAUUAACUUUUGAUUGUUUUCUUGCUUGUACGCUGUUUGUUUGCUCAUCUUUACAGAUCUUUGAAGUACAUGGCAGUGGACUGAAUUUUGGACUGUUUUUGAUUCCCUGUGUUGUUUUAAGUGCUGCAGAUAGCAACGUGACUUGAACUUGACUUGAACAUGCUAGUUCAAGUCAAGUUGCUUUUUACUGUCAUUUGAGCCACAGUAAUACACCUUGAAAUAAAGCAAUGUUCUUCCAGGACACAUUGGUCCUGGAAGAACAUUAGUAAACAUUAGACAUUAGAAAAAGUGCAUUGCAUUAAAAUAUCAAAUUACACAAAGAAUAAAAUAUACAUAUAUAAAAUGGAAUGUAUUAAUCUGUGUGUGUGUGUGUGUGUGUGUGUGUGACUUGACUUGACUCAACUUGAUUUCCAUUACAGUUGUGUAUGUACAUCUGCAAGGGGUCAUUAAAGUAAUGUGGCCAAAUGUACUGUGACAUCAUUUAUAUGCGCUCCACCUGGACUACAAACAGUGUGGGCAGAGUAGCUUCUGAGUCACCUGACGGUUUGGCAGAAGCUCUUCGAGGCAGACCAAAAGUCUUUUUCCAUGGCCUCUCCGAACUCCUUCCACAUCUAAGUUUUUGCUUCAGCCACUGGCCAAGCUGCGUUCCACUUGGCCUCUGGGUACCUAUUAGCUGCCUCCGAAGUCCAACAGGCUAACCAAGCCCAAUAGGACUCCUUCUUCAGCCUGAUGGCUCCCUUCACCUCCGAUGUCCACUGUCUGGUUCGGGGGUUACCACCACGACAGGUACCAACCACACUGUGACCUCAGCUUAGUACACCAGCUUCAGCGAUGGAUGUAAUGAACAUGUUCCAUUCCAACUCAGUGUCCUCAGUCUCACUUAACAUGCUGUUGAAGCUCUGCCAAAGGUGGGAGUUGAAGACCUCACAGCCAGGCUUUCCCAGCGCAUCCUCACUAUAAGUUUGGGUAUGGCAGGUCUGUCAGCAUCCUCUCCCAUCACCAGAACCAAUUCACCACCAGGUGGUGAUCAGUUCACAGCUCACAGAGUGUCAUACAGAUGCAGAUCUGAUGAUUCGAAUAAACUCAAUCAUUGAUCUGUGGAGUAGGGUGUCCUGGUGCCACAUACACUUAUGGACACCUUUGUUUGAACAUGGUGUUUGUUAUGGACAAACUGUGGUUUGCACCGAAGUCCAGUGACAGAAUACCACUUGGGUUUAGAUCCAAUUUAGCUUUUGCUUUCAAUCACACCCCUCCAGGUCUCACUGUCAUUGCUCACAUUAGUGUUGAAGCACCCCACCUGGGAACUCCAAAAAGGUAAGGUACUCUAAACUGUCGUUUGGCGCAUAGGCACAGGCACCUUCCCCAGGCCUGGCUCCAGAGCGGGCCCUGGUAACCCUAUCCCAGGGAGGGUGAACUGUUCCCUAGAUUUUUCACCCAUAGGGGUCUCAUGGAUUGCUCUUUGUCUUUUCCCUCAGUCAGGACCAAUUUGCCAUGGGAGACCCAGAGUGAAUCCUCUUCUCCGAACAAAAAAAGGAUUUUUGACAGGUAGCACAAUGUUCUCUUUCUAAAGUAAAUUAAUCAAGGACCUUUUUAUGGAAACUACCUGAGUUACAGUUCUGGUGUGGUGCCAAGAGUGAUUGUCUGCCUGUGUUUAAGCUGUUAAACAUGACUUUUUGCUCUUUAAUCUGUCAAACAUAU